AGUGGAUGUAAACAGAAGGACGUUCCGCCUCUGGAGACGGCGUUAGAAAACAUGACCAAACUUGAGCUGCUGAACGUGUUUCUGAACGACAGGCUCACCGCGGCCGCUGAGGAGAUUUUCCGCGCCGUUAAAAACACGGUGUUGGAGUAUCAGAGCGAAAUCCUGCGUUCCAAAGAGGAGAACGAGCGACUCAAACGGCUCCUCAAUGUAGCCGUUCAACGGCUCCUACUGCAGCCAGGUGAGGAGCAGCUGCUGCCUGUCAUUGAACCUCACUCUGUCCAGCCGCAGGAAGAUGGUCAGCCCUGGGAGUCUGAGUGGAGAAGCAGUGCGGAGCUGCUGCCACAAAUUAAAGAAGAACCAAAACUCCAAAACAUUCAGACAGAUAGUUCACAAGAAGCAAGCGACUCAGAGGAAGGAAACAGUAGUCAUGUCGAGCCACUACAGAGGUCACAUCCUCCAGCAGCGCAAACUGCAUUUAGCAGACAGAGCGUCUCCCCUCCUCCACUAACAUCCCAGGAGAUUAAGGCAGAGAGUGACAGCAGGAAACAGCAACCAGCCAACAGCUUACCAUCCUCAAUGACUGUUCAUUCAAACUGCAGAGCGCCACAGAGCGAUUCUCGUGCCGGCAGUGCAAAGAGUCACAGGACUCAGAAAGCAGACCAGCAGGUGAAAGGGUUGCUUCGCUCAAAUGGAAAACAGAGCUCACACAUACUGCAGAUCAAGAAUGUGAGAUCCCUGAGGCCGCCCCCGCCUCGCUCCUCUCACCCAAGCCAGAGCAUUCAGAGGUGGCACAGCUGCAAAGAAUGCGGGAAGGGCUUCAGCUUCGCCUGCCAGCUGGAGGUCCACAUGCGCUGGCACACCAAGGAGAAGCCGUACAGCUGUGCAGUGUGCCGAAAGAGCUUCACCACGGUCAGUAUGCUGAAGAGGCACCACCGAAUCCACACGGGGGAAAAGCCCUUCCGUUGCCAUGUGUGUGGGAAAUGCUUCAACCAGUCAGCACACCUCAACACCCACUUCAGGCUGCACACCAGAGAGAGGGCCAGCUGGAGCCGAGCACAGCACUCCAAGUGAACAAAGACUCACAACAGAAAACUAACCAGACAUCUGUAAACGUGAACAUGCUUUAACUGGCCAAAUUUCAGGUUCAAACAGUGUACAAUUAUAGUGUUUGACUGUGUGUCUUGUCUGUUGUGCAAUAAAGUGUGGUCCAUUAUGAUUUCUGAUGCACUUGCUGUGUUGUUGAACACACAUAGGUAAUAAAAGGACAAUUUAAUCUAUUUAAUCCUAUUUAAGGUGUGCAGACAUGGGUUCAGUGGUAGCCACAACUGUACAGGAUUCCAACAAGGCAAGCAACAUGGGCAGAGAGACAGACAGGUUACAGGUUGUAUAGAAAUGGAAAUGAAAGCAGAAGCACCCAACAUGUCAGUUAUAUGUGCAAUUUACACUGAUCAGCCAAAACAUUAAAACCACUGACAGAUGAAGCAAAUAACAUUGAACAUGUUGUUACAAUCCAAUGUUCUGCUGGACAACUUUUGGUCCUGGCAUUUAUGUGGAUGCCACUUGACACGCACCACCCACCCAAACACCGUUUCAGGCCAAGUACACCCCCUCAAGGCAACGGCACUCCCUGAUGGUCGUGGGUGACACUGCCCUGUCGGGGGUGCUGUUGCUAUGAGGGAGAGGUACUUGGUGCACAACAGUGUUUUGGUGGGUGGAACGCAUCAAGUGGCAUCCACAUGAAUGUCAGGACCCGAGGUUUCCCAUUAGGAUAUUGCAGUGUAAUGAGGUGAUGGAUGUUAUUCACUUCACCCACUAGUGGUUUGAAUGUUUUGGCUGUUUGAUGUAUAACUGCAGUGUAAAACUGCACAUGACAGGAGCCCUCACUGGCUUCCCACCCACAAAAAAUUCUAACAGACCUGUCUCACAGCAGACAGUAGUGACUGGCACAGGUGUAACUAAUAACAGUAAUAAUUACUCUGUUCUCCUGCCUGUAGUGCAGUUUAUCAGUCUAAAAGUCUGUUUUGGUAUGAGUUACAGAUCGGCCGUAGAGAUGUCUAACUUCUCUCCUGUAUAAUGGAACAAGAUAGCACUUGGCUAGUGGUGAACACAGAGCCAAAAUAAAUAAACUGAGAACUCAACAGCAGUGUCAGUUUCCAGAAAUCAUGACCUGGUUACUCAAGAAAAUCCACAGACCUUGAUGUAAACAGCUUCAUGAAGGAUCUAUUUUCUUUCUACUGAACUACACCUGCCAACUGUAUCACUGCAGAGAAGACGGCGUGCAUCUACUCAUGGACGAGAGGCUUGUGCUCAUGAGAGCAUAUCUAAACAUUAAUGGUGUUCUCCUUGGCUAAGCUGUAAUGUUAGCUAGCUACACCCAGUUGGCAGGUGUAGUUCAGUUGAAAGAAAUUAGCUCUUACAUGUGCUUAUCUUGGUGAGCAGGUCAUAAUUUCUGGAAAUACACACUGCUGUUGAGUUAUCCAUUAUAUUGGAGGGGAGGUAGUAUUCUCUACGGUCGAUAUCUCAAACACCUGGCAACUCACGCCAAAACAAUCUAGACUAAUAGAUAGCACUUUUGGUAAGAGAAAAAUAAUGUAUUUUUGAUUUUGGGUUGAACUAUCCCUUUAAGGUGUCCCAGUAAUAAUGACAGUGAGUCAGCAUCACAAUUCCAGAGCUGGACAGGUCAACCUAAAUGGAAAACAGUCAUUAUAUUUGUAUUAGUCUUAGCAAGUUAACAUAUCAGCUGUUACUGCAAGAAAGGUCUCUUGGGUUUAUUUGCACCAUCAAGGCAGAAGCACUACUAUCAGGAUUUCUAUUGGCCAGAUUCUAACUUGGAGAAAUAUAACAAAAGUAAAAAAAGGACAGGAGCUGUAUGCGCAGAUGUUUUCAGUUCUACAUGAGGUUUAAGAACAGAGAUGAGUGUUUAAAACUUGGGAAUUUUCAACUUGUUAAAUAUUGAAUAUUAAAAGUGGUAGUAGUAAAAAAAAAAUCUGAGCUCCUGAUUGACCACUUGGCUGUAGGCCUAAUCUUUACCAGCUGUAACAACAUUGCGAUGACUGCUUCUGUUUUCACCUCGUGAGUCUGUGUGUGUGUGUCGUUAUGGAAACACAUGGUCCUGGUGGCGCCUAUUGUAGUGGGAACUACUGCUGACGCCAUUUUGAGUACUUUGCCAGAUAUGUCUGUGAACAGAGUUUAUCAACCUCAUGACAUUUUUUUUUUGUGUUAAUUUGUUAUUAGCUCUCGCUGUUCUUUGUAAUAAAUACAGUAAAUAUAAAGGUUGGGUUCUCUUAGGGCCCUGAAUGUUCUAGGUCAAGCACUGCCUCC